CUAUGACGUUAACGUAGCAUUUUUCCCAAAAUCAGUGUUGCAAUCGACUUGCGUGAAAAUAAAUACCGGUUUUCUUAAUUAACGCAAUGGGUCCUUUAUUCUGGGGAGCGCUGCUUGGGUUAGGAGGACUGGCUUAUAUGUGGUCUAAGUAUUCGGGUAGUUCAUACGAACCGGACCACUCUUAUUCUCAAGGGUUUAUAAGCCAACCGGUUUAUGUAAAUUCCCGUCCAAGUCCAGAUUUUAAUCUUAACAUUCCAAAACCUAUUUUGCCGACUACCGAUGCGCCGAACUGGUGGCCAGCAACAUCAGCGCGUAUGGGUGUGACCAGAGUAUCGAUACCAAACGACCAGGCAUUCAGCGGUCAACCCAGCACAUUAGGAAGUGACCACCACACAUCCAGCAUCGAACCAGCCACUGCACCAUCGAGCACUCGGGAGAAUAUGAAACCAGUUUUCAGUUUACUGAACAUGCCACUCCCUUCUAAUACCAGCGAUGUCGUGGAAACAAGCGCGUCACUGAUCGUUGCUAAUAUUUCGAGCAAUAUUACCGGUAACCUAUUCGAACAAUCUCCGUUCGACGAGCAGAUGCAAUAUAACAAAAGUGCUAAGGCAAGCAAGAAAUUGACUCCACCAACCGACACAGACACCAUCAACGAUUCGCUGCUUCUGGACGACGGAAAUCGCUAUCCAAAAAACGACACAGCCGUCACUGCGUCAUCUGGCGCAUUCGUCAACUACACUGACGAAACUGCAAGCCGCUCUAAAUCAGCACAGGAUUUUAUUUUCCGAUGGAACGUUGUAUACGCUUCCGACGCCAGAACCAUCAAUUCUUGCGAACUACCGGGAACAUUUCACUAUAUUAACGCCGAUAAUGAACUCCGGCGCGUCGAAAUAACCGGUCUGUUUACCCGGAAUGACGUUGUCGUUGCCGAAAAUGUUCGCCAUUUUUCUCAGGGAUUUGAUGGAAGUGUAUGGUACAUUCAGCAGAAUGGUCAAAUUCGGCGAAUUCGCGGCGCAAAAGAAUCUGAGCCGCUGCCGGAUCUACCAACUGGCGCCGCCGCAACCUUCGUUGCAGUUCGCAGUUAUGACGAAGCGGCAACAGCAACAGGAGAUUUGUACCGCUGGCUGGAUCAUCAAUGGUUGCGGGACGAAAGUGCCAAAAACGUUAGUAUGGUCGGUCUGGGAAUAGAUGGAUCACUGCUCUAUGCGGAUUCUAACCACAUCAUCUGGCGGUGGGACUUCGGCAACAGGAAAUAUGUACCGUAUGAAAUAAACGGCAGACGGUUUGGCAUCUACAAUGCAGACGUGGUCGUUGUGGUCGGCGACAACAUGACCGUUAGGAAACGUGUCGAUGGUAUUUGGACACCAAUGGAGGAAAAGUGCUCGGAUGUUUCUGUUGGCCGAGAUUCCUACAUAUGUCUGGAUUCUGAUGGUAUAGCUCAGCUCCAUCCUUACUGAUAUGUUAUGAAUUGUGAUAUUGUUUUCCUGAAUUCAAUAAACUGCAGGCGAUGUGUUUCGCUGGAAUAGUCGAACUAAGGUCACCGGUCCCAUGCAUUGUAACUUCCUGUUUUACCUUCUCCUGAUGUGAAUGCUGUCCGGUACCGGUGGCUAAACUAUAUUGUUUUAUUCAUAAUUAAUUGCAGAGGUAAUGUUAUAAUUAUUAAUUUUAGAGGAAAUGGUAAUUUAGAUGAAAUGUUCCGUAUACAUAAGCGCCUAUUUCCGUUGUCGGCUGAGGCUGUUCAGUCAGAGAAAAUCUGUCACUUUACAGAAAACUU